GAGCUUUUGCCCCUCCAUCCUAACCCUCUUCCUACACAAUCAUAACCCACUCAAAGAACUACCAGUCAUAUACACAUAUACCCACAAAUACCACACUACAUCAUACCAACAAACCACCCCAAAAUGACCACCUACACCCCCCAACCCCUCUACGGUGGCGCCAUAAAAGGCCUCAUCCCCGAGAACUGGAUCGACGCAAGUACCCUCCGCCAAAUCCCCGACCACCAAGAACUCUACCUCUCGCCCACGACCCUCUCGACCCUGAUCUACGAAAUCAACGAAUACGUCCCUACCAACACAAGUCUUGAGACUCUAACCCAAUAUCCACACCUGCUUCCGUCUACGCAGCAACCUUCCCAAACCCCAGAGGAAGAAAAGGAAUUCCUCGACCGCGCGGCGGUCAUUUACCACCUCCUUGAUCUGCUGGAUGAAGGCGAUGACCUAGCUAUCCUUGCUCCACCGACGAGAGUCACCCUGGGGGGAAGGGGCAUGGAGGGGAGGGGGAGGGGGUAUAUGGGGUGUGUGGAGUUUAGGUCUAAGUCUAGGAAUGGGCAGGGGAUUGGAACUAAGUGCUGGUUUUUGGUGGUGAGGUUGGAGGAGCAGGGAAGUGAUCUGGUGGUUUGGGGGAAUGUACCUGGGGGAGAUUGGAGGUUGUGGAGUGGGAUUUGUUUGGGUAGUGUUUCUUUGGAUUAGGGUGUUAUAUGGGUGGGUUGCUUUGUUGAUAGGUAACUGUUGGGAGGCGAUGUUUGAUAUGAUACCAUGCAUGCAUGCUUACUUAUUUGUUUGAGUGAUGGAAGUGAGUUAUGUGAUUGAAUAUUAUGUAGAUGAUAUCCUAAUAUGUAUGGUGUGCUGCACUACUGUUAGAUACAAACCAGCACAGAAUGGGAACAGCAGGAAAUAUGACUAGGCAUUUACUACUUACU